AUGGCAGAUCAGAGCAAGAACAAUCCUGAAAUCUUCGAGCUCAACAAUGGCACCAUGCAGGUCAAGAUCUCAAACUAUGGCGCCACCAUCACCUCCUUGUCUGUCCCCGACAAGAACGGGAAACUGGCUGAUGUAGUUCUCGGAUUCGACUCGGUGGAUCCAUAUGUGAAAGGGCUUGCACCGUACUUUGGGUGCAUAGUUGGUCGUGUGGCAAAUCGGAUCAAAGAGGGAAAAUUUACUCUCAAUGGAGUUGACUACACUCUGCCCAUCAACAAGCCUCCCAAUAGCCUCCACGGUGGUAACAAAGGUUUCGAUAAGAAGAUAUGGGAAGUUGCAAGGCACAAGAAAGAUGGUGAAAAGCCUUUCAUCGUUUUCAAAUAUCACAGCGCCGAUGGAGAAGAAGGUUAUCCCGGUGCGGUUUCUGUCACGGCGACAUACACUUUGACUUCAGCCACGACCAUGAGACUUGACAUGGAGGCAGUUCCGGAAAACAGAGACACUCCGAUCAGUUUAGCUCAGCACACAUACUGGAACUUGGCGGGUCAUGACUCAGGGAGCAUUCUUGACCAUAGGAUCCAGAUUUGGGGGUCUCAUAUCACCCCUGUGGACCAACACACAGUUCCUACAGGGGAGAUCUUGCCGGUAAAAGGGACUCCUUUCGAUUUCACGGAGGAGAAACGGAUAGGCGAGUCUAUAGGAGAGGUGGGUCUCGGAUACGACCACAACUACGUGUUGGACUGUCCUGAUCAGGAGAAGGACGGGCUGAAACACGCGGCGAAGCUCACAGACGGUGCGAGCUCAAGGGUACUGAACUUGUGGACGAAUGUCCCGGGAAUGCAGUUUUACACGGGGAACUAUGUGAAUGGAGUGGUCGGGAAAGGGGAUGCGGUUUAUGAGAAGCAUGCGGGUGUGUGCCUUGAGACGCAAGGGUUCCCGAACGCGAUUAACCAGUCGAACUUCCCGUCUGUUGUGGUUAAGGCUGGUGAGAAGUACCAGCACACGAUGCUGUUUGAGUUCUCGGCUUGA